AUGGAUAACAAAAUCCUGCAUGAGGCAAAAAAUUCAUUACAAAUAAUAACAUAAUAAUUUAUUAAUAAUUCAUGUCAUUUUUAAUAUGUAAAUUAAUUAAUAAUAAUCUAUAAAAGAAGUAACAGAUUGAAUAACUAAAAAAUAUAGUAACUAUUUAAGAAACACAAACACUCUCAUCUAAUAAUUAACCAAAUUUUACAAGAUUUACUUAUUAAUUUAUGGAGUAAUAUUCAAUUAAAUAAGAUUAAAAUUGCUAUUAAUAAAGAUUGUUCAAUAUUAGUGGCUGGAUGUAAUAGUGUAAUUAAAGUAUUUGAAUUUCAGUAAGGAAUUAGGAAAUUAGUUUAAGAUUUAAAUGAACAUAGAAAUAAUGUGAGAAAUAUAAAUUUAAUGAACAGAUCAAAUCAGUUUAUAUCUGGGAGUGAUAAAUUGAUCAAAAUAUGGGCAAGAGAUCAAAAUAACUCAUGGAUUUGCUAAUAGCAAUUGAAUGGACAUACAAAUUUGAUCUAUUGUUUAGUAUUAAAUACUAAUGAUGAUAUUUUAAUAUCUGGAAGUAAAGAUCAGGCAAUUAAAUUAUGGUAUAAGUAGAAUGAAUGGCUAUGUUCAUUGAUAAUAAUGAAUCAUAAAGAUACUGUAUAUAGACUCAGUUUAAAUGAAUAAAAUAGAGUGAUAUCUUGUGGAGAAGAUAAGCUUAUAUUAGUAAUAGAACAAUCAGAGUAGAAUAAAUAAUUGAAUGUAAUAUAAGAGAUUAUGGUAGAAAAGGAAGGAGUUCGAUUAUUCU